AUUUAAUUCAUAUUUGUAUUGCUAACUCAAACUUAAAUCCAACAAUUGAAAUUAAAAAAGAGUGCCAAAAAAUCCUCAUUGAGGUCGCAAAAGAUGUGAAACAAUAAUUUCUGUUGUACAGUACCAGUUUCGAGACUGCAGUCGAAGAACGCGAAUUUUAAAGCGCAGAAACGGAAAAUUCUUCCAGAUUAAUCAAGGGAAACUCAAAAACUAUAAAUGAUAGCCCAUUGAAAUGUGUUAUAAAAAUUAUGAACAGUCUAAUCGAAAAAGAAAAUUCAUCAAAAUGUAUGGUUGUAGUGAUGUCUAAAUUUGCAAAAUACAAACGCCGUGUAAGACGACGAUAUCCACUUGAAGAUCAUGAUCCUAAUUCACAGGACAGUGGUUCUCUUACUGCUCAUUCAGAUGAUUCUAGAUCAGUGUCAACAUUAUCUGAGAGCAAUACAUCAUAUACAGAUGAUUCAGACGAUGAAUUCUUAGAUAUUGCUGUAUCCCCAACAGGAUCGUCUCCAGAUUCACUUCUACUUGGAUACAGUACAUUAACAGAAGGACAUAUUAUUAGCCAGACAUCAAUUAUUGUUAAAAGAAAAAUUACAAAAUAUUCUUCAGAUACUCCUCGCAAGACUGAUUUAUUGUUUGGUGAUAUUAAUAAUGAAGCAGUUGUGAGAAAAAGAAAGUUGACACAUGAUCUAGAAUCAAAUCCUGAAAUUAAUGUAUUAGUAAAGAAAACUAGACCUAGUACGAAAUCUAAACCGGCCGAGAGAAGUUAAGACAACUACCAUGCUACGCGACGAAACCCAACAUGCUAAUUAUGCUAGAAGAAAACCACCUACGUAGCGAAGAGAGGAACCCAGCUAACGAAAUUUUACUACUCC